AAGCACGUAUCAAACCCCGAUCACUCAUUCAUUCUUUCAUUCAUAUCUCUGGCUUGUGGUUCACUCCACUUCCUCCCUUCUUCUCCGAUUCUCCUCCUCUUCAAUGGCGGAAACCUCCACCCUCUGCUUCUCUCGAUUGACCUUCUCUUCUUCCGCUCCUUCCUCCAUUUCGCCUUCCAGAACCUUCCCCUUCUUCUCCCAUUUCAACUCCUUCCCUCUCUCGCCUUCUCAUUCUAUCACUCAACCUCGUCUCCUACGUUUCGCGCCCAAAGCAAACCACUCCGGCGACCACUCCUUCGGAUUCUUCCCGUGGUCCGACGAUGCCGACGACGAGAUUCAAUGGCUUCCUGAGGACAGAAUUACCUUGUUCACGGCUGAAGGACUGGUCCAGAUUGGAGGCUCCAUGGUUCCUCGCCGUGUCAGCUCUUCAGAUAAAAAGCAAGGGAAAUUCAAAACUUCUAAAAAAUUUCAACGGUUCCAAGAGACUGAUUACAUGGAUCCCAAUCAAGGCCUUUGUCUGGGUGCACUAUUUGAUAUUGCAGCUACUAAUGGACUUGAUAUGGACAGAAGACUUUGUAUUUUUGGUUUCUGCCGCUCCAUUGAGAUGCUUAGUGAUGUGGUGGAGGACACUGUCUUAGAGCAUGGUGGCGAGGUUCUUGCUGCGGAGAAGGCAAGUAAAGGUGAUUUACAUGAAAAGCUAACCAUGACUGUUGCAGUGCCAUUACUAUGGGGUGUUCCUCCAGCUUCUGAGACACUACACCUUGCUGUUAAAAGUGGUGGAGGGAUUGUAGAGAAGGUCUAUUGGCAAUGGAACUUUCUGUAGAUGUAUAUUGUAGGUCUCCUAACCAUUUUUUGUGCAUUCUGUACAUAAAAUUAGUAUUUCUGUAUAUGCACAAAAUAUCAUUUAUCAUUGUAUCUCGGUACAUGUACAAAAAAUUAUUGUCAUGUCAAUAUCCAAUUGCCGGUUCUUUCGGCCACAAUAAACUGAACUUGUCUAGCUUA